AUGACUCAACAUACACAGGAUAUGGCAAUGGCUGAAAUAGAAGAGAAGAUCAGUUUUCCCAAUGAAAUAUGGGCGAUGAUUGCUCAUUUCCUGCCUAGAAUGCCUAAUCAGCCGAGAUGGCAGCCGUGGGUGAUGCAUCGGCAUUUAAAUUGGACGUUUAAAAAGGCAAUUGAGGAGUAUUAUAUUGAGCAUUUCCUCAAGCGGACGAGCAUCAGUUUAGACUGUGAAGAGACAGUCCUCGUGGGCGAUGAGAAGCGUCACAUGAUGAAAGAUAUGCAUUUCACCGGCUUUGGAGAUGCUCAGGGGCGAUUUGCCGUUCUGCAGGAGGAUUUUGAGGGUGAGAGAACCUGGGCUGAUGUUGAAUUUGAGCGUGAUAUUCUGCUGCGACUGCGUGAAUUCGAUGAAGUUGGAUAUCAUCCAUACCUCGUCAUGACUGUCGAAGACGGAGCAACAGACAUGCUCCCUAUGGAUCUCAACAAACAUUAUAUCCAAGACAAAUUCAGCUACAUCUUUGACUGGCGAACAUAUUUCUGCACAUUAUUCGACGAGCUACGAGCCGUCGAUGAACUCAAUCGACAAAUAGGAAUGCAAAACUGCGUCCGCCUAGCAGGCGAACUACACCAAGAAUACCCAUGCACACGGGCAGAAUCCACAUCUCCCAGUGCAAUGGUGGGUUUGAUGCGUGCUGCAGGGACGACCAAGAUUGGCCUGGAUGGUCGACUUCAUCUCAUUCGGCGCGAGAGGAGAUGUCGGCUGGGUGUUAAGUCUGGCCAGUUGCCUCCUGUUCGGUCGAAUGCAUCCAGGCUGCUGUUUGAGCGGUUUGUAAGACAGGAUGAAGAACGUGUUGCGCAUAAAUUGCAUGCGUUGCAGAUGGAUUGUACGAGUGCUGGGGGGUAUCUUGAGUGGUAG